CUUAUCCCCGCGGAGCUCCGCGGGGAUAAGAAAAAAAAGAUGAGAGUAAAGAACGUUGUAGGUGACAGUUCAUGAUAUAUCUUGUUACUGUGAUAACGUCCAAAUAUAAAAACAUAUUCGAAAAUUUUAUCUUUACCUAUAUCCAGCAUAUACAGAGCAGGGAAAUGCAACACUUGGAUCAUUUUCGCUGCCCCCACAUACCUUUUCCUUUCAGCGGAGUUCAUGUUGGUCUUAAUUUUGACCUAAAUCUAUGUGCAUACAAUACUAAUAGCAUAAUUGGGGGAUUGCUUCGGUCGUUCUCGGUAUGAUUAGCAUGAAGGUGUUCUUAUAGCAGACUAUCUACAUGCAAAGCAGGACACGAUCAUUGAGGUUUCGAGUUCAAUGAAGGUUCAUAGGUGUCGACUUAAAUUUUGGGUUAUUCUGUUCUAUUUAGUCUACACUGACCUCUUUCUAUGCUCUUCCUAGAUUGUCUAUAAAGUAUCUGUUCCUCUCGUGUUGCCUCUCAGUCACUAACCGCCAUAACACCGAAGAAAAUCGAAAACCACAAACACUUACACUAGACUAGAAAGACACAUGUAACAUCUAGACUGUUAUUAUGAUGAAUAAUACCAUUAAAGUGGUUGUUCACAGCCACGUGCCUACAUGACCUCAUAACAAUAUCAUCCCGCAACAAUCACCACCCAUAACCCUAACUCAAACACCACACCUGAUUCUAACCCACCAUGCCCCCCAAAAAAGAAAUCCAAGCCACCGAACUCGACAUCAAUCUCUCCUCAAGAACCGAAACAGAGUACUUCAAAUGGUUCCUCGCAUGUCUCCUAUUCGGCAAGCCGGUCCAGCAAGGCGUUGCCAAGCGAGCCUUCCUCGAGCUCGUACAGGAAGGCAUCACUUCACCGGAUGCUAUCCUGGCCGCAGGAUGGGAUAGACUAGUUGAGAUCUUGGAUGAAGGUCAUUACGUUCGGUAUGACUUUUCGACUGCGACGAAGUUGCUUGAUGUGGCGGGGGCUAUUAAGGAGGAGUAUGGCACUUUUGGGGAAAUGUUGAAAAGGUUCCGCAGUGUUGAAGAAUUGGAGGUGCACUUGCAGGAGUUUAAGGGAGUUGGACCGAAGACGGUGGAGAUCUUUAUGAGGGAUAUGAGGCCUUUACUUGAGUAGGUUCUUUUGUAAGUAUAUCUUUGGAGUUGGGUGUUUGGUCUUGGGAUUAGUCUCGUGGGUAGGAUAUGUUAUUAUUUUAAGUCACGAUGAGUACUACGGGCUGAGAUUGGCUUCGACGGGAAGUGGAUACUUGUACGAAGUAUGCAGCAUACGUUUGUCGAAUGUUACUUUUCAGUUUCUAAUAGUAUAGGAGGAAUUAUUUGUGAUACCGCAACUAGGCUAUCUGUGUUCGAGAGGAAUGUGCCAUUAUUACUAUGAGUAAGGAAUAAAUACAUUUCGAUAUGCUCAUCCGAUACUCCGUAGUAAUGGUAGCAUGCGUGUGCCCCACCGAUACAAAAAUAAAAGAAUCAAAA